UCAUGAUUUCUGGUAUCUUCACAUUAAAUUUGUUUUAAUUUCUAUUUGAAGUUAUUUACAGAUGCUGUGUUGAUGAUUGUGACCAGAGAAGUAAUGUGCUCUUAAACCUUUUAACCCUUUCUAUUCCAUAGGAGCUCUUUGUUCUCAAAUGUGAGUUUUCUGCUAUGAACACUGUUGAAAUCUUGCUCAGUCAUGCCUAACAUACAUAGUAUUACCUCUUCUACAGUUGCAUAGGAAGAUAGUAGAUAUAACGUUAUUGGUAUUACUUGAAAUCCUCAGAUGUCCAGGAAUACCAAUGAUGAUAGCUUUUAAAAGAUAUUAAUACAACAAUUUUGGAUCAGUAUUGCCUUAAUCUGAACCUGAGGAUGGAAAAACUAGUCCAUUUCUGAAGUGCUCAUUACCAGAAAUUCCAAUAUUACUCUCUUUCAAAAAGAACCAAAAAAAGUUAUAUAUUUUGUUAUAUAUAAACACACAGAUAAUCUGGAAACACUGGGGCAUUCAUUUGGGAAAGAUUUUCUUAGUAAAUUAGUUACAGGCAUCCAGAUAUUGUUCCACUGAAUAUGUAAAAUAAAUAUUUAAAUCCAAUUAUAUAGGUUGAAAGUUAUGUAAAGGGAAGAAAAACAUGUUUUUAUGUCCCUACAAAGCUAAAUUCUAAGGUACUCACAGUGCUAUCUGAGAAUAGCCUAAUAGACCUGGAACAGAAGUUGUGCAGUUAUGUUGCCUUGUUCAGAAGCCUGCUCUCUGUAUUUACAAGACAGUGGUUUCCCGACAAAAACAGUUUAACAAAGCUUUAAAGUACUUGAACUAGAAAUGCUUGUUUUGGAACAUAAAUUUCAUUAAAUACUGGUAAAACGGGCAACAUUUUACAGAUGUAGAUAAUGAUUUAAACUUUGAAGAAAACCAGAAGAACUCUACAGGAAAAUUAACACUAAAAGGCACUGAAAUACUCACUGCAUUAUUGCAGCCAUCAGUAAAAUCAUGAAAGGGGAAUUAUAUGUUAUUUUUUCUUUAAAAUUGAAAGAAGCAUAAACUAUCAAUAAUGGAAAGCAUUAUAUUUCGAAUUAUCCCAGUCGUACUAAUUUUAAGUAUUGCAGUAUUUAUAUAAUGUAUGUUACAUCACUGUUAAACUUAUCACUCUAAUUUGUUUAGAAAUCCUCAGGGGAGCUUCUAAAGGGUAUUUAGUUUUGUCUCCACAGUUCUCCCUGGGGGUGAGCAUUCAGAAAUUCCUGCUUCGCUGUUUUAGAUAUUUCUUUUGUCAGUUUUACGUGUUUUGAGGUGAUGUUAGUUGUGUAGACACAACAUAACAUAGUCUGAUAUUUGUAGUUAUCCGAAGUGUUCAAUGUGUUUGUUUAUUGCUAAGAGAAGAAGAAAAAAAAAGAAUCAAACUGCCUCACAGUAGCCAUUUCAUAAAGGGUCAUUCAAAAAAAGACCCCUGCUUCUUAUUAACAACAUUUAUCUAACAAAAAUAGUAUGAUAAUCAAUAUGUAAAUUCCCAGCGAGCCAUUAGAAUUAAAUUGUUAUUUUAUCUCAGAAUGUAAAGAGUUCUCUUUGACUUAGUUUAAGAUACUUCUUAGGUCACAGUAUGAAUAGCCUUUUGGUUAGAAGUACUGAUUGGUAAGCACUGCUGCAUUAUGCUGUGCCCCUAUGUCUGACGGCCAUCUCAUUUGUUCAGAACACCAGUGCAGGCUUGACUUAAUGGCUUUAUGCAUUAGAAGGAAUCAGGUUCCAAUCAGGGCCAUGUUUCAACAGUACCCAGCUUCCAGCUUCUCUGGAUCCUAAUACUGAAUCAAAAUGCUGCAGACACCUGAAGCAAAAUACAUUGACUUGAUAUAAAGGAAUUCUUUGGGUUUUUCUUAUUCUAAAAUUUCUGUUGAGUAACAAAAUUAUUACUUGACAUCAGAUCAAGUAUUUUCCAUCCUUCAGCAAUUGGUGCAAAACUGUAAUGUUUGGUAUGUUGCUUACAUUGGACACACUGGAUAGUGUUACAUGUACUUUGUCUGCGCUUGAUCAAGAUGCAAUUUGUAGUUUUGUGUAAUCCAGAUCUGGUACUAAUGGCUGUUGAACCAUGAGCUCAAGUUACAUUUCAGUGAGGACAAAGACGCAGGAGUCUUUUCAGAGAUCCACUUGUAGGAGAUAGAACUCUGAAAUUGGGCUGUUAACACUGGAACAAUGAUUUCAGACUCAGCAAACUAUAGCACUUACAGACAGAUUCUUGACCCCACUGGCAAACAUGGUUUGACUGGUACUGCAAGAGCUUUCAAAGCUCGUAAAGUGAAAGACUUGAGGACUGAUCUACCACAUCUGUGCAAAAAAUGCUGUUGGAUUUCAGCUUGUUUUCUGGCACCACACUGAAAGUCAAUAAGGAACACCUGUUUCAAGGAGUUGGCAAAGGGAGUCAUGCUUCUCAUCCCUCCUUUGAUUUUUUUUAAUCUGAAUAUAUUUGUUUCUUUGCAUUUCUGAAGUUUUGGACCUAAAUUCUAUCAUUUAAAGUCUGUAUUCAAAUAAAUAAAUUACUUGUCUGAUCUGCAGAUACUGCUGUGCACCUAUAUCAUUUAUGCGGGUGCCUGACUGCAGGCUGACGCAAGACCUGAAACUAUUGAUUUUAAUGGUGACUGUGGAUUGAUUGCUAAAUGGUAACAAUAAUUAAAAACAUAUGGAUUAUGAAAAUGCAGCUAUGUUUGGAAAAGAUUAAUUAGGUAGCUUGUGGUGUUUGCUUAUCUAUUUCCAAACCCUUGUGCUAUCCAUAGUUUGACAUGGUGAUAGAUAAAUGCAGUAAGGACAUGAUGUCUGAUAUGGUUUCUCACAGCCCUCAGAGGAAAGUGUUAAAAAUUUAUGCUGCUUUGCUAUCAAUGUUCUGUCAGAACGGUGGUUAAAAAAAAAAAAAAAUAUAUAUAUUUUUAAAAUGAGGCAAAAUAUCAUGUCCUCAGAUGUCAUACAAAAGAACUAGCUGAUGUGCAAAGAUAAAACUGUUUGGGGGUAUCAGGAGGAGGAGGCCUUUCCAAGAGAGACAGCCAUCUGAAAAUGAAUGUUCUGAAAAACUGGAAAAAAAGAAUGAUCAGAUUAAAACAGCAUAAAUUUGUGCUCUUUUUCUCUGAUGUAUGUGGGGGAGAGAUUUUUAGAUGUGUUACUAAAACUAAUUUAAUGUAUAAAGCCAGUUGCAGGUUGGUAACACAGGUUAGUAGAUAUUUAUGGGUUGGUAGCUAUGCAAGAACUUUGCUGCAAGUACACAUGCAGGUACUCAUUUUAUUUGCUCAUUUACAAUCUAUACAGAUGUUUUGCAAAUGUUCAAAAUGUGUUCUCAUCUUACAGGCUUUCUCAUCUUGCAGAUGAUUAAUGCAUUUGACACAAAAUAAAUGAGAGAAGAAAUUAUUUUCCAUUGUUACCCAGCAUUUUAGUUAGUAAUUUUGCAUUUUCACUGUCUGUCGUUGACAUUAUUAUGCAAUUCAACAAAAUCUCUGCAGCUUCUUGCCUUGCAAGGGAAAUGUCGCUCCUGAAAUCUGGUAAUGGACAGUUACUUUUCCUUUCUAAAAUCUUAAUCUCUGUUUCUCACAGAACUUUUGGAGUUUGGAAGUGUUACUCAUUCUCAACAAAAAAACACAAAUGACCUCUUUGCUCUUCAGGUUUAGAAAAAAAUUGCAAAUAAGUGUUAUUAGCAAUGUUGUUGAUGCAGUAACUACAAGGAAAGUGUGGUUCUUGAUGAAAAUAGUAAUGAAUGUCCUUACCUAUUAAUUUCUGGUUUUAAGUUUUGCCAUGAUUUUUGUGUACUUUUAUCAUUGUAAAAUAGCGGUCAGUCUAAUCUCAAUGAAAGAAAUUAAUUAAAGCACCAAUACCAUGUAGCUUUAUGAGGUCUUGGAUAUAUUUCUUACAGUUAGUGUGCCUUACUCAUUUGCAUAUUUUUUAUUUUUCUACAGACAAUGUGCAUGGUGGUAUUUUGAGCGUUUAUUUUGCUAAUUCUUCUCAUGAUUAAAGUCAUAAAAUUGCUGUGGCCCAGCAAGAGGCGUUAUGAAUGUAUAAUUUCAUUUUACAUGUGUUCAUAAAACCAAAUUAUAUUAUGUUCUUCUAAAAUGGAGACAUUUUAGUAGCAAAAAUUUACUGUUUGCAUUUGAAGGGGAUGUAUCUCAUAGCACUGCUGUGGUUUAAAGUUCGUAGUGACCAAAUUCUCUAAUGACACAUAAAGGGUGAGGCUUCACACUUAAUUAGGGUACUUCGAGCUAUUUCUUCACUGCCAAAAUAGAUACAAGGUGGUCAUGCUUUUGAGAGGUCAGUUUUUAAUAGAAGUCUGUUUUCCCAAAAGCAAUUAUGUAAUUGAUUGCUUAUAGAUAGGGCCUACGACUCUUCUGGCUGGUUAAGUCUGACUUUGGGCUGUAGUUGCAAUCAUUUGUGUGUGCACUUGUUGUUCUCCAUCUCUCUAAUUGUUGUUUCUCCAAUUCUUGUCUUGUAAAGAGUUUUCAGUUUAGUGAAGACUAUGUCGUUUGUAGGGGUAGUUUUCUUGCUUUUCUCUUUUAAGAAAAUAUUAGAAGAAUGUGAUUUUUCCCUACACAUCAUGUAUUCAAAACUUGCUAACUCAUCUUGGCAAUUUUCUGAUAUUUAAUAUUUGGAAAGUACUGGUACUUGCUCAUAGCAACUCCAGAUACUUUCAAGUCCCAAGUCUACCUAAAUUAACCAUCUCUUCACUAUGUCUGUUUUACCAUCAUUUUAACCUUUUUCUGACCCACUGCCAGCACUGUGAAUUUGUUAACCCUAGUGACCUCAGGCAAACACCCAGUGAUUACUGUGAUUUGAUGUGUUGCAGUUUUAUUUUUAUGAGGCUCAAUCUAUACGAAAAAAGAAUUUUGGUUGUUAUGUUUAUGUUAAUCUAAAUUGCUUUAGAUUGAGCUGGGUUUCUUGCUGUGCUUAAUUGCGUUAGUAACUAUAUUGAUUUUUUCCGUGCCAGGGCAUUGCUGAUUGCCAGAAGCAGUGUUUUGAACUGGCUAUGCCAUCUUGAGUCUCUCCAUAAGUAUUGAGAUAAUCGUGAAAUCUUAAGAAUGGUCACUGUGAGGGUUUGAAUCUUCUCUGGAUGUAAAAUGCACUUUAAAUUUGAAAAGAGAACAUAACAACCGCAUAGCUACCAAGCUGGCCACAUUGCUAGCAAGCUGGGGGCUUUUGACUAACUAAGUUGAGGAAUGGUUUUAAUGUGCAUCCCAUUCAUUUCAGUUACGAGCAGAAGAAUAAUAUGAAAUAGCAAUAGUGACAGCCAGUGCCUUCAUCAUGAAUGCUCUUCCCACUAGAGAGCACAAAGAGGAAGAACAUGUCAUACCAAAUGAAGAAAAAUUUUCUCCAGUGUUUAAAAAAAAAAAAAAGGUCUUAUCUAUCUGUAUUGCCUUGAAUCAGAAAUUCUGUGUGAAUUCACCAGUCCAGAGCCAAAUACAGCCCAAACCAUGGUAGCUGUUCCACUCAUAUUGUAACAAAUCAGGCAUUUUCCAGGCUGGAACUUUCCAGACAGAUUUUUAAUUAUUGUGAAAUUAUCAGUAUUCUUUACAUUUCGUGAUUCACUAAUGCAGAGUUAAUGAACAUUCUUGUGGGAGAUAAAAUUUCAGACUAGCUUCCAUCUCUAAUUUCACACCUCAGGUAAGGUGUGAGGAGGCUUUGAGGCUCAGAGCAUCUAUCAGUUUGGUCUCACAAGGGCAUUCAAGAGAAAUGGGUAUCCGGAAUUGACUUUUUCUUUGCUAUCUUAUCUUUCCAUCCUCUAAGGUUCCAUCUUUCAGAGGUUAUUUUGACAAAAGAAUACCACCGUACCAAUCACUGUGCACUAAAAGAAAAGGAUUUUUCUAGCAAACAGUUAUCAUAAAUUGCACUAGUGUAAAUGUCUGCUUAUUAUUGAGCCAAAAAUAAGUGUCUGCUAGUGUAACACCUUGCUGGAGAAAAACAAAUCUUUUCAAGUCAUCAAAUUAAAGCAUAGACUAUUUUGUCUUUGAGGAGCAAAUUGGAACUUGGAACUCCCACCUCAUGGUUGAGAAGUGUUUUACUCUUGCUGCAUUGAAGCCAAGACCCUCUUUGUCUUUACAUUAAAGCUAUUGAUAUGUAGCUCAUGAGGAUGGCCUCACUGUCUCACCAGUGGCCUUUCUUUCUCAAUAUGUGUUAAGAAUUAUUAACAAUUCUGUACUUUCCAAGUUUUUCUCUUCCCAUAUGUUCAGGAAUAUUUCUUCCCUCCACUCCAGCCCUCCUUUAUUUUUCAUCCCCUAAAAAGAAAGUACCUGUACCUUCUGAAUAUCAGUUCAAAAGCUCACAUUGUUUGGAGGAUCUUCACACUUGCAAUGAUGACACUAGAAGAAUCCACCUUAUUGCAUACCUAAGGGAUGAUACUUCUUUUAAACUGGUAAAACUACUUCAUCAGUAUCUUCAUUUGCCUAUCCCAGCUUUGCCAACGUGACUGUUAAUUUGGUCAAUCCAGUGCUCUUUUCUUCUUGAAGGUUUUCACUCAGUAUUCUGUGGUUGUGAUACUGACAUUGUUCACAGAUUUCACAACGUGUUUUGCUGCCUAAAGAGGUAUGCAGGAGAAUGAUAAUUUACUUUCAGGUUUGAAGUAGAUUAGUCAACCUAGUCUAUAUAAAGUUUCCAAUGUGGGACUCAAAUUAUGUUUAUGUACUAGAUGACUUAGACCAGCCCAUCUUGAGUUUGUUCUGAAAAUAUACAUUUUGUGUUUUUCAAACUCUUUCAUGCCAUCCCUGACCAGCAUUGUUUUUAUCAGUUUGUGGGUUCAAAAUGCUAUGCAUCUCUGACAGUUACUUUGAUUCUUUUACUGUGAUGUCAUGCUGAUCUCUGAAUGAAAUUUCAUGAAGCUAAUGAACUUAUUAACAUUCACACUUCGUUCACAAUAAAAGCAGACCUCAUUCCUUUUCUGUCACUGACAGCUGAAACAAUACCAGCCACACCUAUGGCACAAGAAGGGAAAAGAAGUUGGAGAUUUAAGCAAGGAGUGUAGGAAUUUUUGCUGUUGGUUCAGAUAAAAAGGUUAGAAUAUUGUUUGAGAGAACUGUGUGUGCAGAAACAUCAACAUAGAGAAACACUACAAAAACCCAUGCAGAAGUUAUGGCCAGAGCAGCAAUGUAAAUGUGCAUGAAGAAGAAGAGAGGAGGGAGAGCCCUUUUAUGCGCAGUGCUUCUUGGAAAGAGACUUCGAACUACGGGAAGAGAGGUGCUUUUUUUCUUCUGAUCUGGAUUCAUUCUGUUUAUCAAGGAACAAAACUUUCAUAUACAUAAUAUGGAAAUAAAAGGCAGUGAACCUAAUAAAUACUUCACUCCAUCACUGAUUUAUCUCCCUAAUGAGGAUAGCUUACAAACCUCCUCUUGGCUCAGCCUGAGUAAAAAAUUAUGACAUUAAUGGCAGAAGUGAAUGCGGUUUCUGAGGAGAUAGGUUGCAUGUUUCUAUUAACCUUGAACUCACUUGGAACAUGAAGAAGGAUACAAAUUAUUUUCAUUUGAAAUGACAUUCUAUUUCUAAUAACGUGGAGGAGAAUGCUCAUAUUGUCUCACCUGAAAUAAUGUAUACUACUGCUACCCAAAUAUGAUCUUUUUGGGAGGGAAAUUGAGAUUUAUUCUUUGCUUCAGGAACAAAGCUCAUAGGCUGAGAAGAUGAACUCACAGAGAUUUUAGCAGUCAUUUUGGCUGCUGGCAUGCCACUACACUUCUUAAAAAAAAAACUUCACUUCUUUAGCUCUGGCAGUUGGAGACUGGCUCUGCACUUUGGAGCCAAUUGCCUCAAAUGGGCCAGAACAUAACUAUAAGGUAGAUGGAGGAGUGAAAAUCUACCUGUCCCGGCGGACAUCCAGAGAAGACUUUGGUGGUUUCUGCUAGAAAUGGAAGACUUCUAAGACAAACUGGCAAUAACUUAAUUAGACAAAUGGGCUUGCAGAUGAAGCUCAGUGAAAGAAAGUCUACUGAGAGGCUGUGGAAUUCACUGCAGAACCUGAGUCUUCUUUCAUGUGUGCAUCAGAACUGGAAGCAGUUAUCAGUGAAGAAGAUGGAACUGAAUUAUCACAAGCCUAAAAAUACACCUGUGUUCAAUACAUGCUAUAGAGAAGGAGAUUUUGAUCUGUCUCCUGACUGAUGAUUUUCUGUUCUUUUUAGGAUAAAACUGAUCUCUAAAAUGAGAAAAAUUAAAAGUAAUGGAACAAAUCAGUUGUUGGCUGAUACUAUGAAAAUCCAUAUAAAAUGAAGCAAAAUAUAUAAACAAGUACUUGAAAUUAAGCAAGAUGCCUGGGUAGUUGUGAGGAUAUAUGAACUCAUUAUUGCUUUGGAUUUCUUUUUGUGAUGAAGAAUGAGUAACAAAUGCCCUCAAAGUAUCCUACAAAGUCAGAUUGUGGAAAUCCAUUCUAAAGAUGAAGUUCAGGUCAUCAAAGGAAAGGAUCUAUAAAAAGACAAGUGAUUUGCAAUGCACAGAUUAUCCUGUCUCUAAAAUCACAGAUCAUUGUAGCUACCUGCUGCAGCAGUUUUCUAGAAAAAGAAGGAGAAGAUAAAGUGAAACAAUUUUCAUAAAGGAAUUCUAGUUGCAGAAGUCUUUUUGGCUUUGAAGGAGAGAUGGAUGCUUGUUUACUUGCAUAGCACUUUUGAUGAGCAAAAAAAAAAACAACACACAAGCAAAACAUCAAAACAUGAAUCAAUGUAUCUAGUAGUACAUAUAUACAAGAAAACUACUGGGGAGAAAAGGAGUUUAUUUUGGUGCUGAGUUUAAUGUAUUACUGCAAUAUUAAAUGUAAGACAUGGGAUGAUCUAAAAAACUUUAUCAUUGUAAAGCAAUCAUCCUGAUCAAGUAUGGAUCCUGUAGGGAAAUACUUUAUUAAACAGCUCCCUCACUGUUUACCUGCAGCAAAGAUGUUAAGUCCUCUGAGCCAUCAAACAAUUAACCCUGCCUUCCUCAGUGCUGAGCCUAACCCAUCGUGAUGAAGAAAAGUAAAAGCAGAUUCAGUGAGCUACUGAAUGCGAGUUUACAGGAAGAUUCUUGCUCACUAAGGAAGAGAUGAAGCCAGAGAUGCGUGGCGUGAAGAGAAGGCCGAUCCAAAGGCCCACAGGGGGCUGCCCUCACAGCAGGCUAGGGCCUGUGGCAAAAAAAACGUGCAACAGUGAAAAAAAACUGGAAAUUGUGGUCUAUGGCACUUGUGUUUGCUAGACCCAGGUAGAAUUUGAUGCACAUUACUAUCUCAGUGAAAAUCAAUACAUCUACCAAUGAGUCAUGGUAAGAUUUCUUACUAGGUGCUGUACCAGUGAGAUACAGCCUUCUUAAAAAAGAGACAACUGUGCAUGUACUCUGUGCAUACUUGGUAGUCUUAAGAAAAAAAAGGAGCCAGGAUCUGCUCUGUCCAGUUCUCUGGGAAACCAAGGUUUGGCAGCCAGGUUUGGUAAAACUUUUGUUACAGAGUAGUCACUUGAGAGUUCAGCAGGAGUGCAAAACCAGUGAGAAGAUGGGAGACUCUUCAGAGUUGAACACAGUUUAGCAUUUCUACAAUACUUAAAGGCUCUUUUGCCUGCUCUUAUCUGAGCCUGUUUCAAACUGCCUUUAGUGUAGUUUCUGGUAUUUAUGCUUUGAGAACAAUAUUGAUGAACAAACCAAUAAUUUAAGUGUGCAGUAGCUGUUUGGAGCAAAUAUGUAAGAAAGAAUUAUUUCCUUCAAGUUUUGGUUUGGAGAACAGGAGCAUUGUAGGAGGUGCGCACACACACACACACACACACCCCUCCCCCAAAGUGGUCUGUUACUUUUGUGGAUGAUGAGGACCGAAAAAUGCUCUGCAAAGUUUUAACAACUAUCUAUAGUAAAGCUCAUGUCUAAUUGAAAAGCUUGGAUGGGAACAGAUGCUACCUGAAAAAGGCGGAAAGGAAUUGAUUAAUUAAAAGUGGAAAAUUUGUUUAGAAAUACAUAGCUAUCACUCAGCUUUUUCUUGUUUAAGGAGAAAGCCAAUAAACUGACCUUGAAAAGCAGAAUCCUCAAUUUUAACAACUGCUCUCUUACCUGAAGGAAUCAAGUAAUUCAGUGGACCAAGCUGAAAGAACUCUGGUGUUAAACUGAUGGAGGUGGAGAGGAGAGAAAGAAGUGUUCCAUAUGGCUAUUCCUGAAUCCUAAAAUACCGUGAAGAAAUUGAACAUUUGCCUCAGGAAUGACAUCUUUAAAUUGAGCACGGCCCAAUUAGGUGUCAGAGAAAUGGGAAUCGGAGAAAUGAUGGGAACUCAUUCAUUGAGAUCUUGUCUACUUUUCUAAAGGGUUAUGAAAUAGGAAGGAUUCCACAAAAGUUUGGGUUGGUGAUUUGAAAACAUCUUGAAAUAAAUAUAGCAUGUAAAUGCUACUAUUUUAAAAUAGUUUGUAUUUUGUAAACAACUUUUUCUGCUGCUGUGGACCUGCUUGCCAUUCUAGAUCCUUGUAUUGUGACAGACUAAAAGUGUUGUUAUGAUACAGUGUGGGUGAAAUAGUACAGUGUAUCUGCUAAUACUCUUCCUUUAGGCUAAAUGUAAAAGCUGUUGUGAGUUCUCUGUUCACGAGAAGACAACUGGAGCUGUAGAGUCUCUUUAAAGCACAGACAUUGCACAGAGCUGACCGUGGGUUUGUGUACAGGUGGGUCUGAUUGAAAAUCCAGUGAUGUGAAAGGAGCUGUGCGUGCGUGGGUGUGAAUGGGAGGUUCUAGAGAAGCAGCACAGCAGCACGUAGGUAAGCAGCAAAGAAACUCUGGAGAAGCCCUUGAAACAGCUGGCGAAAAAAAAAGUCCAAAAAGUACUAUGGGACAAAAAGCCGUAAAGGAAAAGGCUGGGAACCAUGAGCUCCAUGGAAAAUGCUUUCCUUCAUUUGCGUCAUAUUGAAUUUAGGACAACAGAGCUGUAUGUAUAUAAUUCAUAAAUAAACAUGAUUGCGCCAAAGAAAUAACUGACUUAUAAUUGUUUUUCUAUCUAUGUGACCCUUUUUUUUUUUUUAGCUGACUGGUUGGGUCCAAAGGAUAGCCAUAAUUUGGAUGGCUUGGGAAAUCUAGUUCAACAGUGUGAAACCAGCAAAUCCCCAUAGAGGGGAGUUUUGUGAAUAGAGUUUUGCCUUUUUCCCCCCUCCCUUUUCCUCUCUUCUGCCUGAUAGUACAGUGACUUUUUACCGAGUAUCUGGGCUACCAUUAAGGGACUUGGAGAAAACAGAUUAACAGGUAAGAAAUGAGUUAUGUUAAUGGAAUGUACAUUUUAAAAAGGCAAAGUGGUCCUUUUAGACAAAGUCUAAGUAAAAAGGUUAUAAUGUUUUCAUGUGCUAUGACUAUGUAUAACUUACAGGAAAAUAAAAAUUUACUGUUUGUUUUUAUAUCUCUUUUUUUGGUGCAAUAAUUAUGGUAUUGACAAGGUAUGGAAGUGACCUAAUUGUUGUAGUUGUGACCUCUAAUUUAUUGUUAAUGUUACUGUCAGUAUGUGCUUCACAUCUCCUUCUUAAUGGUAUGCUAAUUGUACAGCGGAAUGUCACAUUCUCCAACAUACAGAUUCCCUAUUUCAAUUACAGCUAAGUAAAUCUCCAUUACUAAUGAGUAAGCAUUUCUUUUCCAUGUGCAUUUGCAUUAUAAUGGACAUUUUCUUUAGGCACUAAAAUUAUUCUUUCCUUGACAACAACUAUAUAUUUCGUUUUACAGUAAAGGCUACGACAUGGUGAUUCAUUCUUUUCUGCUGGGUUUAUCUCUUUUUAAAUUGUCAAAUGUUCUAGGUAGCCUGACAUUUUCUGUCCUAUGUUAUUUUUCUGUUCUUCCAGAAUAAGUAUAUGUAUUUUCUUUAAGACAACCUAUUUAAUACAAAUCAUGAAAAAGUAAGCUUAUGUGUCAGUCAUAAGUUAAGCCAUAUUUCAGAAUUGUUGCUUUGUUUCAUUCAUGUUGCUGAGAAAUCUCAACUGCUAUUUAUGUCACUGCAAAGUGACCUUUGUGAUAUAAUGUUUGACCGAUUUGAAUAUAAGAACAAAUGACCACAAGUGACCCAUAUCACUGCAAGAUUCCACUCUGCUUAACAGAGCAUAGCUCUUCAGCUAUUAAAUAAAAUCCCCCUAACAGACAUUUGCUGCCCUGCUAAUGCAUAUAUCUACAAAAGCAACGGAGAGCUGAGUAAAAUGAAGGGGGAAGGCCUCCUGUUCCAUCUGAGCUGCGCGGCUCUGCUGCCAACCCCCCUCCCUCUGAGAGCUGUGGGCAAUCCCUGGGUACCACUGGAUUGGGCAGCCGGCUCCAGCCAACGGAGGAGUCCCUUGGUGACCCAGAGGCUUCCCCUGCCCUCCAUCAGGGAGCGAGCAUAUUGGCAAGCUGAGUCCCUAUGGUGGAGAUCCUGCCUUCAUACUGUAUGUCCCCAGGAACAUGUGUCCCCUUUUGUAAAACUAUGAGGACUGUGAGUUUUAUUGAUAAAGUGGGAAUUUCAUCUUUGAUCAUGUGCAGUAAAGAAGGCAUUGGUUUGAUUUCAUUGGGGUCUAUUCAGUGAAUCACUUUACAGGAGCCAACACAGGUUUCUGUAUCAUUGAUUAAUAAUCAUUAAUAUUCUUGAAUAUUUCUGAGUUUACCUGGUGGUGGGUGUGUAUGUGGGGAAGAAGAUGGGUGUUGGGUUCUUUUAAUCAUAUAAGUACCUGGGAUAUUGUAAAGAGACAGAAUGUGGUUAAAACAUGAGGUAGCAUUCCAGAAAUGCAGGAGGAAAUGUAUGCAGCCAGAUGUUAGAAGUAACAUUGAUUUCCUGGUCACUGUGCAUGAGUUCUUUCUAGCCUUGUGUAUAUCCUGAUAAUCGGACGGAUUACAGUAUAGAUACAAAGUUUGUUUUGUUUUUAUUUUGAAAGGCCUACGGUAUGCAGCCUUUUUCCCAGACAGCAGCAAAAAACAAGGACUGGGAAACAGAAAAUCAUGACUGGUAUUGUUUUGAAUGCCAUUUGCCUGGAGAGGUGUUGAUAUGUGACCUGUGUUUUCGUGUGUAUCAUUCCAAGUGUUUGUCUGAUGAGUUCAGGCUUAGAGACAGCAGUAGUCACUGGCAGUGCCCAGUUUGCAGGAGUAUCAAGAAGAAAAACACAAGUAAACAAGAGAUGAGCACAUACCUGCGGUUCAUAGUCUCUCGUAUGAAGGAGCGGGCUAUAGAUCUAAACAAGAAAGGGAAGGACAACAAACACCCAAUGUAUAGAAGGCUGGUACACUCAGCUGUUGAUGUUCCUACUAUACAGGAGAAAGUAAAUGAAGGAAAGUACAGGAGUUAUGAGGAGUUCAAAGCAGAUGCACAGCUGCUUCUACACAACACAGUGAUUUUCUAUGGAGCGGACAGUGAACAAGCUGACAUAGCGAGGAUGCUUUACAAAGACACAUGUCAUGAACUGGAUGAACUGCAGCUUUGCAAGAACUGUUUCUAUUUGUCAAAUGCACGACCUGACAAUUGGUUCUGCUAUCCUUGUAUACCUAAUCAUGAGUUGGUUUGGGCCAAAAUGAAAGGCUUUGGGUUUUGGCCAGCCAAAGUCAUGCAGAAAGAGGACAAUCAAGUUGAUGUUCGCUUUUUUGGUCAUCACCACCAAAGGGCCUGGAUCCCCUCUGAAAACAUCCAGGAUAUCACAGUUAACAUCCAUCGGCUGCACGUGAAACGCAGCAUGGGGUGGAAGAAGGCCUGUGAUGAGCUGGAGCUGCACCAGCGAUUUCUUCGUGAGGGGAGAUUCUGGAAAUCAAAGAAUGAGGAUAAAGGGGAAGAGGAGGCAGAGUCAAGUAUCUCCUCCACCAGCAAUGAGCAGCUGAAGGUUACUCAGGAACCAAGAGCAAAGAAAGGACGACGUAACCAGAGUAUGGAACUCAAAAAAGAAGAGCCAGAACCUGAAACUGAAGCAGUAAGUUCAAGCCAGGAAAUUCCCACAAUGCCUCAGCCCAUUGAAAAAGUUUCAGUCUCAACUCAGACCAAGAAGUUAAGUGCCUCUUCUCCAAAAAUGCUGCACCGGAGCACCCAGACCAAUAAUGAUGGAGUGUGUCAGAACAUGUGCCAUGACAAAUACACCAAAAUCUUUAAUGAUUUCAAGGACAGGAUGAAAGCUGAUCACAAAAGGGAAACUGAGAGAGUUGUGCGAGAGGCAGUGGAAAAGCUGCGUACAGAGAUGGAAGAAGAGAAAAGGCAGGCUGUAAAUAAAGCCGUGGCCAAUGCACAAGGAGAGAUGGACAGAAAAUGUAAGCAAGUAAAGGAGAAGUGCAAAGAAGAAUUUUUAGAAGAAAUUAAGAAGUUAGCAGGCCAGCACAAGCAGCUGAUUUCCCAGACCAAGAAGAAGCAGUGGUGCUACAACUGUGAAGAGGAGGCCAUGUACCACUGCUGCUGGAACACUUCCUACUGCUCCAUCAAGUGUCAGCAGGAGCACUGGCAUGCUGAACACAAACGUACCUGCCGCAGAAAAAGAUGAAAGAGCUGUUCCUCCGCUAGAACAUCACCCCGAUGAUUGCUAUUCUCAGACACAGCGGUUUUUGUUUCCAAGAAGCCAAAAUUGUUUAGAAUUUGCUUCCCAUUUUGCACCAGCCUUUAAACACUUUUCGUAAAAGAAAUUUUGCACAGUAAUUUCAAUCUUCUGUUCAGUGCUCCUCCAAAAUUUUGCCAGCGGAAUGAAUUGAACAUCUCUGGGAGCAGGUUACUUUAAAUAAUUUUAAACUAGAGGAUUUGUUGCAUUUUCAGCAAAUUUUAAAACAUUUUUAGGUUUUACAGAGAUUUUAAUCUUUAAAAAUCAGCAGAUCUAAAAAUAAACCAUGCAAGUUUAACAAAAGGAACAUGUAAAAACUAGAUCUGAAUGUAAGAACUUUAGAACUGUUUCAGAAAAACGAAGCGUACUACCUUGAUGUAACAUUUAUUUCUUAACCUUGUUGAGCUGGUUUUGUUCAGCUUAAUUUUACUGUUUAAAGGCAUUAUCUAUUGGUUAUACCAGUGGGUACAUGAUUGAAUUUAGGGAACAGGGUUGACACAGCAGGUGCUAGUCCUGCGUAUUUUUUCUUAAAUAUUUCCCAACUGUGUUUUAUUUUCAUUAUUUCUUUUCAAUAUAUAACUUUUAUAACAAAAUAUUAGCUUUGAUCUUGUAGUUUAAAAUCACAGGGAACUGGGGUAAUCUUUUACUGAGCUGGAUCUUAGAGAAAAAUGAAUAUUUAAAUUUUGAAGUUUGCACAUUUCAUCUUUGUCCUGACAUGAGUGCUUGUAACAAGAAUAAGAAAAGCCAAAACCAAAACCCAAACAAAAAAUAACUACCUUUAUUCAUACGUGGAAUUACGAGGCCUACAAAUUUCGUUAAGGUGCCCCCCUUCAGCCUCCCCAAUCCAAUGUCAUCUGACUGCCUACGAUCUGGUGUCACCUGGUCCAUUGUAACUUGAUAAUAAAAGGAGAAAAAGCACUUACGUUUCACAGAAGCCGUUAUGUUUGUAGAAAUGGGUCAUUGCCUAAUAAUGAGCUCCAUCACUGUACUCAGAAUGAAGAAUAAUGCAUGUUAAUUUUCUUGUAUUAAAGAUGCCGUGAUUUGUAAAAAGUCUGUAUUUUGCGGAAUGUCUGGAUUAAGAAGCAUUACCAAUAGGAAUGGAUCGAUAGUUAAAUGAUUUUUUUUUGUUUGUUUUAUAAAUAGAUAUAUGAAUUGCAUCCAUGUUCAGAGACAAUUUUUUAAAUAGAUGUAAAGCUUACUUAAAUAGCUUUUCUUUUGAAGUGUCUCCGCAUUUUAGUUUCUUCUUUCAAAGGCCGGUCUUAGACCGAGUCAAACGCCCAUUAAUCAUCCCGCUAUUUUUUGAGAAGUUAGAGGAAUAAUUUGUAAAUAUUUAUUUAGAUCUUUGAUAUUUAUUGAAAGCAAUUACAUGAUGGAACGAUGGAAGCUGAAGAAUCAGGAGGAAAGCCUUUUAAAAAGUUUUCUCUAGGAUUUGUCAGGGUCAUUGUGAAGAUGAAAAUAUAACUAAGACUUCUGUGAACUGCCAUUGGAAUCCUGAUCUUUUUUACUUACAGCGGUGAUAGAAGUUAAUUGACUAGAUACUGCCAAAUAACGCCCAACACGUCGUGGAAAUUAAGCAGUGAGCUGAUGGGAGAAAAUAGUAUGUAGAUGGUAACUUGUAUUACCACAGCUACAUUAUUGCCUGAUAAAUGUGUAAUUAACUUUUGUCGCCUCUGUGUUGUGACUGCAAAACACUUCACAACUAAAAAUCAAUCUUGUUCAAUUACUUUACAAGUUCCAAAACUUCGAUCCACCCCUAUGAAAGCAAGUUAUUGUGGAAAUAUUUUUGGUGUAAAAUCAUUCCAGAAUAUGUAAUAUUUAACUGAUAGCUGCAUGAAAGUAAGAUUCGUGUUACUUUGGCUUUUUUGUCUCUGUUGACACGGUUGCACAUUUCCAAGUUACUACAGCGUGAAAACUGUGUGUUUUAAAGAAAAAAACAAAACAAAAAAAAAAAGAUUGUGGCCUGGUUUUGUAUAAGUUUUAGGUAAAAUUACAAUUGAUUGUUUUAGGAAUCAUGAUUUAAAAUUAAUUUUUCUGCAAAUCAUAAAGCUAUAUUAAAGUGUUGAGCUUA